GAGGCAGAGAAUAAUAGGAUUUGAAGGCUUCACAGCUAAUGGGAAUAGUUGUGUGUCUCUUUUUCCGAAAUGUGGGAUUGCCCAGCUGAGCUUUGUGAACAGAUUGGAAAGGCUAAGUGACUUUACUACAGCCAAUGGCUGUCAUGCUAUAAGCCUUACUAACAGAAGGGGCUGAUUGUUUGUGUGAGUUCUCUGCUCAGCCUCCCUCCUCCCUCCGCUAAAAGAGUCUCAGAAGACAAGAGAGAGCAGUAGGUCUACUUGGGAGCUGUCCAGGAUUGUGGUGCUGAACCUUGCCCUGCCACUCAUCCACACAAGCCACCACUCACCAGACACCACUCACCAGACACCACUCACCAGCCACCACUCACACACCUCCUGGAAUUCUAAGGCUUAUCUGUGGAUUUACCUACAUUGACACAGGAUGACUGAGAAAAUCCAUUCAACUCAUUAAACUUAUCAUCUGUUGUGAAACCCACAGGAUCCAUGCUCUUGAGAAUACAGGCAAUAAUUAGCGGCUGAUUUUAGAAGAGCCUGAAGCUCACAAAGGGACCUGAAGCUUCUCAUCUCCAGACAUUUGCACGAUCAGCUGUUGGAGGUCAACUUGCUGAAGAAGCCCUCUUACUUGAUCAUGGCUUUUAUAGUGAAGACUAUGGUGGGUGGUCAGCUGAAGAACCUCACAGGAGGUCUGGGGAGCAAAGAGGAGAAGGGAGAAGGGGAGAAAUCACCAGCUGAAGCUCAAGGGAUGACAAGGGAAGAAUAUGAAGAAUACCAAAAGCAGCUCCUGGAAGAGAAGAUGGAGCGGGACGCUAUAUACACCCAACGCAAAGCUGAAAGAGCAACACUGAGGACUCACUUCAGAGACAAGUACCGACUACCAAAGAAUGACACUGAUGAUUCCCAGAUACAGCUAGCUGGAGGAGAUGUGGAGCUGCCCAAGGAGUUGGCAAAAAUGAUCGAAGAGGAUAAUGAAGAAGAGGAAGGAAAAUCAUCUGUCAUUGGACAACUCGGCAACAUCCAGAAUCUGGACUUGGACUCAAUUAAAGGAAAAGCUCAGUCAACUUUGGAUGAUUUGAAACAAUCAGCUGAAAAGUGCUCAAUUAUGUGACUUCUUUUAAUGCCCUAAAAUAUUUGCUGUCCAACGGGUUGCUUUACCUUGCCACUCCAGCUCCGAGACCAUACAUUCCAGCACUGGUCACAAAUCAAAAUUAUCCUUUGGAGCAAACACAGCUCAGUAAUAUAUGCACAGCCCCUAUAUUUUCUUGGAUUAAACAGGGAGGGCCUGUUUUUUUUUUUAAACAAGUAAAUAUCAAAGAUCUUCCAGGGAAAGGUUUAGAUGUCUGCUAGUACAUAUUCAAAUGGUAACCUUUAUGACCUGUAAAUUUCCUUGUGUUGCAGUCUGCUCUUCCUUUGUUACAGAUUUGAAAAAUGACCCAAUACGUGGAGUUGCAUUGUGUUAUGUACGUGUCUUACAGCUCUUGAAGCCAGCACUAAUAUCUUUUGUUACGACUUAAAAUUAGAUGUGCAGGUUUUCUGCUGUACUGUAUCUGUUCUUACAUCCUUUGAAACUGUGCAAUCUGGUUCUCAGUUUUAUCAGGGCUAAAAAUAUAAUGGAAUCAUUAUAUGUAAUGUUAAAUGAAACCUGUGUGAGACAAAUAUGUAAGCUGUCAUUACAGAUCUUUUUUAGAAAAAGCUGGUGGUCAUGUACGAUGCAGUGACAUCAGCGCAUUUCUAGUCAUUCACCUGGACAAUCAAACAGUAAAGUUAGAGCAGCCAAUCUCCAAAGUUGGUACAGGUCGGUAACUCAAACUAUUGAAGUCACUGCAUCAGUAUGACAACCAGGCAAUUGGCAAUUCUGGUAUGAGAACAAAGCAAUGACAGCCUCUUUAUUUCUCUAAUACGCAAUACCUUUAAAGAGGGGGUUCUCCCAUAAAUGUUUUUUUACCCUUAGAUACCCUUAGAUGGAUGCUCAUUUAGUCUAGGGGA